UCUCUAGUGUCAGUGCGGAGGAAUGGUGCCCCAUCACUGGUGUCAGUGGCAGGAAUGGUGCCCCAUCACUGGUGUCAGUGGCAGGAAUGGUGCCCCAUCACUGGUGUCAGUGGCAGGAAUGGUGCCCCAUCACUGGUGUCAGUGGCAGGAAUGGUGCCCCAUCACUGGUGUCAGUGGCAGGAAUAGUGUCCCAUCAUUGGUGUCAGUGGGAGGAAUAGUGCCCCGUCAUUGGUGUCAGUGGCAAGAAUUGAGCCCCGUCAAUGGGAGGAAUAGAGCCCCGUCAUUGGUGUCAGUGGGAGGAAUAGAGCCCCGUCAUUGGUGUCAGUGGCAGGAAUAGAGCCCCGUCAUUGGUGUCAGUGGCAGGAAUAGAGCCCCGUCAUUGGUGUCAGUGGGAGGAAUAG